AUGAGAAAACGGGGACGCUUGGGCCAUGUUGUUUUUGAGAGGGGGCUCUGCCGCAAUGUACCUGUAUUUCUUUCAGCCCUGACGAUAAGAAAGGAAAUGUGCCUGGUGGUGAAGGCGGUGGAAUCUGUGUGUGGAGACCACCGGAGGAAGGUGAAAGCUGCCGUCCUCUCCUUCAUCAAGGAACUGUUCCGCUCUGGCGUCGACGACUGUUCAGCAUGGGGUCUGGUGGCCUAUAUUUUCCAGGAGUUCAGUCGGGCCACCAGCAGACUGGAGACAGGAAACCUCUCUGAGAUAGAAGUGCUGGAAGAAACCGCGCUUCAAACCCUGUGCUUACAAGUCCUCGACUCUCUGGACGUCUCAGUGAGCGGCAUGGCGAGACUCCUAUGGCCAAGGCUCCUCCAGUAUGUAGUGCCAGCUCAGUACACUGGCACUCUGAUCCCACUCUCCCGAUGCCUCCGGGCGCUCCUGGAGAGGCAGGAGAGAGCAGAGGAGCAGAAGGAAGAACCCAACUACCUGGGCUACCAAGAACACGCCACAAUGCCAACUCCCCAGGCUCUGCUGCUACGCCUCCUGUUGCUUGCGUGCUCUCCUUAUGGAGGAGGUGGCCGUGGAGUUGCUGCCCUGCAGCUGCUGCAGGCCCUUCGCAGGCAGAUUCACAGAGCGGUGGGCAUUCCCUGGAUGGUGCAGAUCCCUUCCCUGCUGCAGUACCUGGAAGGCAAAGAUGAGAGCUCCCUGGACUAUGCAGAAUGGGAGUGCCUUCUGCUGAAGACUUCCCAUGACAGCAUGUGCCUGCUGACUAGCGUUCUGCUGCGAGCUGGCGCAAUCCCAGGGGCUGCUGUGCACGCUGUCUUUGCAUGGCUGGACUCUCCGUCAGCGAACCUGAGGAGCAUGGCAACGUCCUUCUUUGCUGAGCUGAUGAAGGACCCGCUGCUUCAGGAGAGGAAGCUGCUUCAGCCUGUCCUCCGAGCCUUGCUGGACAGAUGCCUGGACACCAGCUGCACUGUCCGCCAGAUGGCAGUGAGAGGCCUGGGAAAUCUGGCCAGUGGAGCACCUGAGGAGCUGAGAAAGCAUAAGGCGGCCGUUGUGGAGGCGUUACUGAGGGCCACCAGGGACGUCAGCUCUCUGCAGAUCGCGGGCGAGAGCUUGUCAGCCCUGGCAAAAGUGGUGGCGGAGCUGCAAGAGAAGGCCCUUGGCGUCACCUUCAGAGACAUCGCCCUGUGUGCCAGCGCUUUCUUUGAUGCUAAGGAGGCGCUCGCUCGUUCCUCAGCCUUCACCUUAUACGGAAUCCUGGCCUCCUCUGCCAAGAGGAAAUGGCGACCUUUUCUCAGGCAGGAAGUCGAAAGUACUUGGGCCAGAAUUCUGCUCCACCUUCGGGACCCAGACCCUGGCGUCCGCAAUGCCUGUCGAAGCACUUUCCUGCUCUGCACUCCGCUGCUGGGCCUGCAGAAGCUCCAGGCACAUGUUGCUCUGAACACGCAGAAGAGGGCAGAAGAGCUGCAGGAAACUGUCUGCAGUCACCUAGCCAGAAACACCCCGGAGCUUCUGGAAAGCCUCUACGACACCCUCCAGACCUACUUCUGGAGCUCGUGCUGGGGCAUGCGGACUGCGGCCAUCACACUAACUGGUGUUAUCCUGGAGAAUGCAGAUGCCCGGUGGCUGAGAGAGCACGACAUGAGUCUUCUGAGUGCAAUUCUCCAGCUGCUGCAGGAAGACCGGCAUCCCAGCGUGCAGCAGGCAGCAGCUCAGGUCCUCAGUGACAACUGGCCAGAGCUGAGAAAUGCUUAG